CGCAUAAACACCAGAACAAAGGUGCAACAGGACAUAGGGCGGCUGCUGGAGUUAGAGGUUUGAACUUUAAUCCGCCCAAAUCCUAUAGUUUUAACAAUGACUUUGACGCAGGAAUCCGUCCUGUCUUUGCUGGUAGCUGAGGGGGGCAGAGUGAAGAAGUCCGACUUGGUGGUUAAGUUUAAGGGUUCAAUAGACUGCGUCGAUCCCGCAGAGAAAGAGCGGAACAGGGAGCUUUUCAAGACUUUUGUCAACAACGUCGCCUUCGUCAAAGAAAUCGACGGUGUCCGGUAUGUUGUCAUCAAGAAAAUGUAUCAGCAUUUGCUGGAGAGUGUCCAGUCAGCGGAGAGCCGAGCGGAGAAGACUGACAAGGGAGAGAUUCCUCUGACAGGUGAGCAGCAGCGCCCACCUGCGCGGGGUGAGGAGACCGAGAGCUGUGCGGAUGCAGGAGGGCAGAGAUCAGCUGCUUCUGAACUUGAUCAAGAACAGACAAGUGAAAGUAAUGAGAAUCCAAGUGAAUUACUGUCUCCUAUACAGCUGGCACUGCAGAGGAGCAAAUAUUCUAAUGUUAAGGUUAAAAGGAUGUUGAAUUUUGAGAUCCAGCAGCAGGACACGACUGGUGAUAACUACUCAAGAAGGGGUGUGGUAAAUGAGCCCACCACCAUCCAAAGCAAACCUUAUGCCUUGCCUCUGAGAAUGCCACCCAGCUCCACCAGGGUGGAGAUCCACAAACUGAAGGUGGACCCGGAUGAUCCCCCUGAAAGUCCAAAACUAGAUGCCUCCAGGAACAAGAGAAGACCCCCUUCUGUGGAGACAGACAGCAGCAUCAGCUCACCCCAGCUGAGGAGGGCUGUGAAGAGCACCAAGGCAUCUGAGGAGCACAAAGACACAAGGAUUCCCUCCACGGUUCCCCUGGAGCACUCAGAGCAUGAAUGGCUGGUCAAGUGUGCCGCUGGCCACUGGAGCCAGGUUUACGGCCUGCUGCUGAGAGACAGCCAGCUGGCUGAGAAGAGGGACUUCAUGUCAGGGUUCACCGCUCUGCACUGGGCAGCCAAGUGUGGAAACAGUGAAAUGCUUGUGAAGAUUAUUGACUUAUCAAGGAAAGGGGGAGUUGAUAUUGACAUUAAUGUAAAAACACACGGUGGAUACACUCCAUUGCACAUUGCCGCCUUGCACAACCAGGAGUAUUUCAUGGCCAUGCUGGUGGGGGAGUAUGGGGCCAAUGUAAGCAUCAGGGACAACUGCGGGAAGAAGCCCUACCACUAUCUGCGCCAAGGCGUUUCUGGGACUGUGAGAGAGAUGCUGGGGGGACCCACAGCGAGGCAGGCUCAGGACAGGGCCCUGCCGGAGAAAGAAGAGCUGGACCUGUUCCCAGAUCUGUCCAAGGGCCUCCAUUCAAUAAGCCGUCUCUUCCAGCCACAUGUGACAGGCCACAAGAAGAAGCACAAGCAGAGGCCAGGACUGUACUCCCUGAGCGACGACCCCGGUGAGGAAAGAGAGGACAACAGCAGCAGCAGCAGCAGCUUCAGACAAAGAGUCAUAUCAGAUGCUUUUAUGUGAAGUAAGAACUCAUUUUUUUUGUCCUAUUUUCAUGUGAGAAUAGUGUGAAAACGCAACAAGAACCUUCAGAGAAUCUGACUGACAGUCCUGUGAUUUUUGGGCCUUCUGCAACAAUGAGAGAAACUGAAAAAUAAUCACUCCGUUCCUAUCAGUGGUGAUAACAGUGGGGAGACUGAUAAUCCAGCAGAACUAUUUAAAUCAUUUUGUUACAUAAAAACAGCAUCUGCAAAAACAGACGUCGGACAACUGGAAAACAAAUCAUGAAGACUUGAACUGAUGAUGCCGUCAAAUGACGAGCUGAUUCAUAGACUCUGAGUUAGUAGAUUUUAAGUUUUUUAACGUCACCUGUUUGUGCUGGAUCUUAAGAUUGUGUUUCCAGGUGUGAAUCAAACAUGACUCGGAAAAAAUUACAGUGGUUCCUGUGAGUCGUCUUAUUAAUCAUCGCUUGUUGUCUCCUGUGGGAGCAGCACAAUUGAGGCUAUUUAUAUUAAAUCACUGAGCUUCCAUUACCUGUUUAGUUGUGCAAUAUAUUUCCAUUUCUUGGUAUUUUAAAUGAUUUGAGAUGCAUCUAUUCAUGGAUAACUUGAUUGUUAAAUGUGUUCUCUUCAAAAUAUCCUUUCUCAAUCUAUUUUUGAUGAAAAAUUGAUAGGUACUGACAAGAAUGUGUAUCUGCAACAAAGACAUUUUACCAACAGAUCAAGACCUGACUUGUUCUCCUCUGUGUUUUCAUCUCUGAGUAAGAACUGAACUGAGAGUGGUGAAGUGGUCAUAGUCUUGAUUUCCACGUGCACAAACUGAAAAGUGAGGAUGUGUUGACUUAUGGAUGAAUCAAACCUGUAGCAGCAACUGAAUAAAAUUAAUAAAUAAGAGUAAAAAUCUGUGAAAUGUUUGUGCCUCUGAGGAGGAUUUAGAGGACUUGGCUCUUCAUCGCUUCACUUUAUGACAGAUUAAAUAUUAAACUCUGUGACGCAUUAAAGAGAAGCAAACAUCCACUAAAAUGCCCUAGAAGAAAACAAACACUGGAUUUCAUUAAAUUACAAGAA